AUGUUUGUGUCAUUGGUUGUGGUGUUAGUUAUAGUCAUCAUUAGUAGUGAUCAAUCACUGUGUGAUCGACAGUAUGUUCACAACAAUCAAGAGAUAGAGUUGACUAAAGUGGUAGUCAUUGAUCCCAAACACUGUAAUACCAGUCAUGAUAUGGUUGUUGUUAUUCAUAGUGCCGGUCAGUCAAUGGGUAAAUACUUUAAUUAUAGACAAGAAUUGAGGUCGGGUUGGGUCGGUGUCAUGAAAAGACGUAAAAUUGGUGUCUGGUUUGCACUCGCACUCAAUAAUAACCAAACGGUUAAUGAAGAGCUGCUGAUUGAGUCAAACAAGUAUAACGAUAUCAUUCAGUUUGGUUUUGUCGACAACUACUAUAACCUGACACUCAAAGCCAUUGCAAUUCAACGAUGGCUUCACAGGUACUGUCAAUCAGUAAAAUAUAUGUUGAAAACAGAUGACGAUAUCUUUGUUAAUGUCGACCUACUGUUGAAAGUGUUGCCCGACUUUGCGACCGGUAUUAGUGGUAUGCUAUUAAAAAACAAACCGGUAUUCAGACAAGUUGGACACAAGUGGUAUAUACCGAAACAGUACUAUUCGCCAGAUAUUUAUCCCGAUUAUCUGACCGGUCAGGCAAUGAUUGCUGACAAUGUGACCAGAGAUCAAUUGCUUCGGGCAGUGGACACGUACGCAACAAUUGCCGGAAAUUAUAUGUUGGACAUCGACGAUGCUCUACUAACUGGUAUUAUUGCCAACUAUGCUAACAUUACUCGUCUACAUAGUUAUCACUUUGCAUUUGACUAUUGUCAUUGUCUAACCUGUUUGCAUACCGUUCCCAUACAUUUCGAGUGUAAACAGCGAUCAGAGACAUGGCAUACCUUUAUGAAUAUAUCAAAGAAUACCACCGAUGACUAUAUAACCACCAGUUCCUACUAUAGUCAUACAUUGACUAAAGUGGUAGUCAUUGAUCCCAAACACUGUAAUACCAGUCAUGAUAUGGUUGUCGUUAUUCAUAGUUCCAGUCAGUCAACGGGUAAAUACUUUAACUAUAGACAAGAGUUAAGGUCCGGUUGGGUCGGAGUCAUGAAAAGUCGUAACAUUGGUGUCUGGUUUGCAAUCGCACUCAAUAACAACCAAACGGUUAAUGAAGAGCUGAUGAUUGAGUCAAACAAGUAUAACGAUAUCAUUCAGUUUGGUUUUGUCGACCACUACUAUAACCUGACAUUGAAAGCCAUUGCAAUACAACGAUGGCUUCACAGGUACUGUCAAUCAGUAAAAUAUAUGUUGAAAACAGAUGACGAUGUCUUCGUUAAUGUGGAUCUACUGUUGAAAGUGUUGGCCGACUUUAGGACCGGUAUUAGUGGUCGUCUACAGAAGAAUAAAGAUGUCAACGGAGAAGUUGGACACAAGUGGUAUAUACCGAAACAGUACUAUUCGCCGGAUAUUUAUCCCGAUUAUUUGUCCGGUCCGGCAAUGAUUGCCGAUAAUGUGACCAGAAAUCAAUUGCUUCGGGCAGUCGACUCAUACAAAGCAAUAGCCGGAAAUUAUAUGCUGGACAUCGACGAUGCAUUACUAACCGGUAUUAUUGCCAACUAUGCUAACAUUGAGCGUCACCAUAGUUAUCAUUUUGCAUAUGACAACUGUUUACUAAUACCCUGUUUGCAUACCGUUCCCAUACAUUUUGAGUGUCGACAACGAUCAAAAACAUGGCACGACUUUUUGGAUAUGUCAAUGAAUACCAGUGCCUACUGUAGUCAUACCCGCACGUGA